CGAAGCAGGAAGCGGACCCUGUUCAUCCUCCUCCAGACUCCCCGGGAAAUCCCCCAAAGUGCAAAGAUCCACCCGAUAGUUUUCCUUCCCUUCUGGCCGUCGAAUGGAUGCCACUUCCACUCUCAUUACACAACGCACUGUGGGUUUCCGACAGGACCGAUCUUUUCCUACUUAUUGGUAGUAGCAGACUGAUCCUCAUCCCUUAUUGGAGGUUUACCACAAUGUGAAUGCAUGAAUUUGCCUCACACCAACCAGCUGGAGGGUCCACGGUUGUUUGCUCUCAUCACACUGACGGAUCCAUUUAUUCAUCCCACAUUGAAUCGCUCCACUGCACUGUCUGUUCCCUGACGUACUGCACAGUGCUUUGUGUUCUUAUAAUAACUCGGUCAAUCCCUCCCCCUUUGAUCCUUCCCCCUCCCCAAGUUGCUACUAUUUGGGUGUGUGUGUGUGUGUGUGUGCAUUUUCACCUGGCGCUCAUUCUUUUUAUAGACGCCCUCCUUUCUUUCUUGUCUUGCAUCCUUGGCAGCAAAAGUUGAAAAAAAAGGAUACUUCCUGUUCUUCCGCACUUCGUCCUGACAUUCUGCUCUU